GUGACCCUCACGUGAGCUGAAGCCGACGUGUGCAGGCGUCGUUCUGAUUCGGGUCUACAUUUGGUGUUUGCUCUCUCUGUGUUGUUGCUGAGAGCGGGCAGGCCUGCUGCGGAAGGAGGAGGAGAAGGAGGGCGCAGUACCUUUUCAAGCAAAGGAGUAAUCGACAUCGAAUUUCUGCAUGCCCGUCAAAAGCUGAGAUUGCCGGAGGACCGCAGAUAGCUCCAGUUUUCCGUACUCGCUAGGCCAGCCUCCAACCCUGCACUUCCAAAGGGGUGUGGUUUUUGCAGGGAAAAUGGCCGGCCACUGCAGAAAGGAGUGCCAGGAUGUAGUAAUAUAGCCCCAGGGAAGUGUCAGUGGAGCCCAGAGAACUGGGGAUAGGGCGCUGCAUCUGUGAAUCUUGCUCCUGAAGACGAGUCCAAACCGAAGAGCAGGAGAGGGAGGAACAACAAUCCAGAAUCAAGUAGAUCUGCAAGAGGCUGGAAAGGAGGAAGGACUACUUGCCUCUCUGAGGGUGUAUGUGAGGGUGACCCUGACUCAGGACGUCUGGAAGGGUCUCACUGCGUCUGCUGUUGUAGCUGCUCCUACCUGCAAAGUCUGAAGAAUUUGCUCCUGACCUGGGAGUUUUCUGGACCAGAGCAAGCCAGCUUUGUGUCCUGGUUAAGGGAUUCACCCCAGCUGCAUCAUGGGCCGCACCCGGGAAGCUGGAUGUGUGGCGGCAGGCAUGGUCAUCGGGGCUGGUGCCUGCUACUGUGUAUACAGACUGACCUGGGGAAAAGAUGAGAAACUCUGGGAUGAUGAAGAAGAGGAGGAAGAGGAGGAGGAGGAAGUGGGGGAAGAGGCUUGUAGCGACAAACCAGAAAUUGGGGGCAAAACUGAGAAAGGAGUGAAGACUAAUGUUGGGGUGGGGGCAGGAGCCAAACCUCAAGAGGAUUCAAAGGCCAAGGCUGAUGUAAAGGUGGGACCUGAGAAUGGUCCAGGUGUAAAGAAGGAAGGGCAGCCAGAGUCCCAGGGUGGAGGUGGCCUAGAAGCUAAGGCUAAGGCCCUUUUCAAGAUCCUAAAGGAACAGGCAAGUGCAAAGGCAGGCAGAGGGAUCAGGUUUGCUAAUAUAUCUGGGAGCAGGACCCUGACAUCGAGUUUGCCCUGCCCAGGAGGCAGGGGGGGAGGCUGCCACCCCGGCGGCAGGCGGGGCUCUAGGGCUAGGAGCAGGGCAAGCGGCAAGGUCAAGAGAAAGAAUCGAAGUAAGAGCACCAAGGCUCCAGCCACAGCAUGGCCUGUACGCAGGGGCAAGUUCAGCUUUCCCUAUAAAAUUGAUGAUAUUCUGAGUGCCCCUGACCUUCAAAAGGUCCUUAACAUCUUGGAGAGAACAAAUGACCCUUUUACUCAGGAGGUAGCCUUGGUCACACUGGGUAACAAUGCAGCAUAUUCAUUUAAUCAAAAUGCCAUACGUGAAUUGGGUGGUGUCCCAAUUAUUGCAAAACUGAUAAAAACGAGAGACCCCAUUAUUAGGGAAAAGACUUACAAUGCCCUUAAUAACUUGAGCGUUAAUUCUGAAAAUCAGGGCAAGAUUAAGACUUACAUUAGUCAAGUGUGUGACGAUACCAUGAUUUGUCGCUUGGACUCAGCCGUGCAGAUGGCUGGAUUAAGGCUGUUAACCAACAUGACCGUGACUAAUCAUUACCAACAUUUGCUUUCCUAUUCUUUUCCAGACUUUUUUGCUUUGUUAUUUCUGGGAAAUCACUUCACCAAGAUACAGACUAUGAAACUAAUUAUAAACUUUACUGAAAAUCCAGCCAUGACAAGAGAGCUGGUCAGUUGUAAAGUACCAUCAGAACUGAUUUCCCUCUUUAAUAAAGAAUGGGAUAGAGAGAUUCUUCUUAACAUCCUUACUCUUUUUGAAAAUAUAAAUGACAACAUAAAAAGUGAAGGGCUUGCCUCAUCCAGGAGAGAAUUCAGCAGAAGCUCACUGUUUUUUUUAUUCAAAGAAUCUGGAGUAUGUGUUAAGAAGAUCAGAGCGUUAGCGAAUCAUAAGGAUCUGGUGGUCAAAGUGAAAGUUCUGAAAGUAUUAACAAAACUGUAACUUGAGAUCUGUUCCAAACAAUGCUUAAGUAAUGUUUCUUAAGUUUGCAUGUGGGAACAAUGUGUUUCAUAACUUCUUUGGUUUUCAUUGCGCUUGUGUGGCAAAGAGAUCUUUUGGGCUGCUAUUUAGGAAAAAUGAAUCACAGAUUAUCAAUGGCCAUUGAUGCUGGCUUUAGACUGAGCCUUUUUAAAUAUGCCAAAUACAUAUUAGAGCUUGCAUAAAGAAAACAUUUAUUCAUUCAACUUUCUACCUAGGUGGAGAUAUUUUUGUUUACCUAAACUGACAGUGAAGUAACUAUAUGUCAUAAAUAAGCUAUACUUUUGUAUUGAUUUAAAUUUGUUCAUCUAAGAGUUGUGCUUUAUCAAUAAAGUUAUGUUUAAGCAGUAGAAAAA